GGGUUUUAGGUUUUGUGAGAGAAAAAUAUCAAUUUUUUGAGAAUUUGAUGCUUCUGAUUGAAAAUUCCUUCAAGUUUCGCAACGGCUAUGAACUCAGGUUAUUCUCUGCACAACAUUGAGCCUCUUAAUGGCUCAAAUUUUAAAAUAUGGAAAGAGCGUAUUGAGCUUUAUCUUGGCCUCCAAGGACUUGAUGUGUGUUUGAGGGAGCCUCAACCUGUUUUGAAUGAUACUAGUCCUGAGGUGAUAAUUGUGAAACACAGGGAGUGGCAUAGGACCAAUAGAAUGGCCAAACUAAUUAUGAAACAAACGAUGUCACCUGUGGUGAGGGGUAGUGUUGCUGAACCUGAUACGGCUUUGGGAUUUAUGACCGCUAUUGGCCUGAAGUUUAAGGAGAAUGAGAAAGCAGAGAUUUCAGCCUUACUAGAUCAGCUUUUAGGCAUGAAGUUUGACACCUCAGAGAGUGUUAGGGAGCAUAUAAUGAAAAUUAUUCACAUAACCACUAGACUUGGUGAAUUGGAGAUUGCAUUCUCUGAUGCCUUCAUUGUUCACUUGGCCCUGAUCCGUCUUCCUCCUAGUUUUGGCCCAUUGAAGACUGCAUAUUUUUCACAGAAGGAAAAAUGGGACUUGAAUGAGCUUAUAGCAAUUUGUGUGCAGGAAGAAGAAAAUGGAAGGGUAAGGGCAAAGCUGUAG